CUGAGCCGUCGAGUGGCGUCGAGUGUCGACCGGUCGGAUGUCCGCGGAGGGCGGCGGCUACUCGCCGUGUCCGGCGGAGGCGCUGCCGGAGCUGAGCGCGGCCGAGCUGGCGAUGAGCCUGUCGCCCAAGUCGGCGCUGCUGCAGCAGAACCUCUCCCAGCUGCAGCUCCAGCACUCCACGCCGUUCUCGGUGACCGACAUCCUGUCGCCGAUCGAGGAGUACCGCAAGUUGGAGCUGGCCAACAACCCGCCGUCGCCGUACAGGUCAAACUCAUCAGGCAGCAGCAUCAACUCCCCGCUCGGCGGGGGCUCGUGCGGCAUGGCGGGCAACCCGUACGCGGUGCCGCUGUACGGCGGGGCGCCGCAGGGCUACGGCUGCGCGCCCGCCGACCUGCCGCACUACGGCGACAUGCGCGGCGCGCCCUGGUACCCCGCCUCCAACGACCCCAGGUUUGCCAUUUCCAGGCUGAUGACGUCGACGUCGGGCGGCAUGGGGCACGUCAACAACAUGGGCGGACUGGCGGCGUGCGCGGGGCCCGACGCCAAGCCCAUGCAGUUCCCGCUCGCCCAGCGCCGCAAGCGCAGGGUGCUCUUCACGCAGGCGCAAGUAUACGAGUUAGAACGAAGGUUUAAGCAGCAGAAGUACCUGUCGGCGCCGGAGCGGGAGCACCUCGCCUCGCUCAUACACCUCACACCUACGCAGGUGAAAAUCUGGUUCCAGAACCAUCGCUACAAGUGCAAACGACAGGCCAAGGAGAAGGCAAUGGCGGAGCAGAAUCAACACAAUCAGUCGUCGUCGUCACCGCGGCGGGUGGCGGUGCCGGUGCUGGUGAAGGACGGCAAGCCGUGCGGCGGCGGGGGCGGGGGCGAGGGGGCGUCGCCGGCGCACAGCCACUGCGCCACGCCCACCUCGUACGGGGCGCCGGCGCAGGCCGCCUGCAGCAACCCGCUCGUGUCCUCGUACCGCCAGCCCGCCGCCUACCAGCAGCAGUGCUCCGGCUACCUCCCGCUGCAGGGCCGGGCCUGGUAGAAGUUCCCGCAGCUUUACCACGAGACAAUGUUCAAGGAGGAGAUGUACUUCGACUAGACGCGCUCGCGUCCACGUAGUUUCGGCUUAGCGGCGUAGCCCUUCUCCCUUCCGUUUCCGUAUUGUUCUUAAUACUGGUAUCGUUCAGUUUCCGACUCGUCUGUGGACAUUGUCAGUGGUAAAGCGGCGGGCGACCCCCCGGCGGACAGUGCAGUACUAUUGUGGUGACAGUGGAGUGAAGUGAGGCGCGGACGCUCGCGGCGCCGCGCUACGUGUAAAUAGCGCUCUUCGUAAGCACAAGCAUUGAGGAUUUGACCCCGUAUGUUUUGAGAACCCCAGUUUUCCGUAGGUACUCUAAUCGAAAUAUAUCGUUAAGUGUUUUCUAAACCUUAGUCAUCAAACUGUCGCGAGUGCUCGUUUUCCAAAUGAAAACGAGAAAGUGAGGGGAAGGCCCGCUCGCUGCUGAGUAUUUCAAAAGCAAAAAACUGAAACAGUCUGUUCCACAUACACCUCGGUGUACAGUCUCAGUAGUAGUACAGUAUUGAAGUAAUAUCAGUAGCAUAGGUACUGACUGAUUUUUUAUUAGAUAAUAUCAUCCAGUGAAUUUAAUUACAUAACCAUUGUUUUAAAUCAACCUACUGAAACUUUGAAAACUGAAUAAGUAAAUCUAGAGAUGUACAUACAAUCACAAUUUUCUCAUUUUCAUUUGGAAGGCGACUCCUCAUCAUACAAUUUGUGCUACUGUAAAUAAACCGAUACGAUGGGUAGUAAAUUGUUGUGUGUAUAGUAUAAUUUAUGUUAGGGUGUUUGUGCGUGUGUAGAUAGUAACUUGUACAUAACAUAGACUAGUAUACGAGCCGACAUUCCAAUACUACAUUCCUCGAAUACAAGUUUUGUACCAGCUCAAAUUUAAAGUUUAUCAUAAUAUAACGUUUGUGUUUGGUUUCAUAUAACAAAUUAGCAGUAACUGUUUAUGUUUACAAAAGUAUGAAAGUCUCCGACCCUGUAUUUGAAACUGCCAGAAAAUGUAAAACUUUGGACGAUAUUGCUUUUAUCAUAUACCAUCUCAAAAACUCAUAAAAAUGUGAAACUCACAAAUGUACGUCUUAAAAUUUAAUAACAUCCAAAUCUUUACAGUUUCAGCGACAAUAUAGAACUAUAAUAUACAUUAUACAUAAUAUAUUUUCUGAAUAUAAUUUGGAAGUAACCCAAAGUGAGGCGCGACUUGGAAGGUCCUCUUGACGUCGGCAAUCGAUAGCCUCUUACGAGUGCUCUGAGCUCUCCUCUCUGUGGGUCGCUACUCGCUCGCACUCGCAAAAAUCCGACACAAUUAUGUAAUGAGUGCCCGAACCUUCUAUACUGAGUUAUGGAAUCGUGUUCAUUGUACAAAUUACAUGCCUGUUUUAAUACAUAUAUCAGAAGUAGAUAGUCACUUUGCCUGCUCUCAUGUCUAGUGUUGAAUAUAUAGGUAACGUGAGUUUUUUCUCUGAAAUUUAUUUUAGUACAAGUCGCAUUUAUUUGUCUUAUCUGCUGUAAGUUGUAAGAUGAAACACACAACACUGAAACUGUUAAAACAGAUUUGUAUUGAUCAGAAGGAAUAGUCAUUAAAUAUCAAAACUGUAACAAAUUUUGUAACAAAUGAACAAUGUAUAAUUAAACUGCUCGUUUACAAAAUAUACUUUCUGAAUAUUCGAAAAAUGUUCAGCCAGAUUUAUUUUAUCAUAAAAAUUGUUUAAUAUACUUGAAAUAUUAAUUUUAGAUGUUAUAUGUUGUUGGCUUAGGUUUGAAUGAGAACGCAAACAAAUCGAUAAAAUCGAUACUGACCGAGCGGUUGAGUCCGCUACUAUAUUGUUAUCGCAAUGCAUUGUUACAUAAUAAUUACAUGUAGAACAUUGGAUUAGUAUCACCAGUAUACGACGAAAUUUGUGAUCGAUGACAUGGUUUAAGCCGGAGGCGCUGUGGCAACAUCGGCCGGCCGGGGCGGCGUGGGGUGCGGGUUCGAGUCAGUCGGAGUCAAGCGAUGAGCUCGUGCGGCUCACGGCUAAUUGACUGCGGCCCCUAAUUGGACGCCGAUCGCCGCCCUCGCCCCCGCCCGCCCUCGCCCCCGCCCGCCCCCGCGCCGCCCGCCCUCCGCCACGCGCCGACCCCGAUACCAAAUUAAACAAAAAUGCUCCUAGAUUUGUUUUGUACUUAAAACAGGGUGACUUUAAUAUACAUUUAAUUGUAGAAAUGCAAUGUAAAUAUAAUAUGUAGAAAUUCGGCGGCCGACGGCCGAGCGCGACUCGAGCGAAUACGAUGAAACGUAGCAAUAAGUGAGAUGUCGGACACCAAACAGAGGUUAACGUUUUUGUAUCUUAAUUUAUAAAUGAUAUUAUAUAUUAUGUUUUCAUAACUAGACCGGUGUAAUUACGUAGGUAGGUUUAGAGACGGUUACGAUUAAAUAUAAAUAAAUAAUAGUACUACUAAUUAAAAGGAAUUUGUAAUUAUAACGAGAUGAGGUGUAAGAAUUUCGAUUUAUA